AUGAUCCUACGCACCUUCUCUCGUAUCACUCGCUCGGACUUCCAAAUACCCAAUGGGGCCUACGUCAGACCGCUCCUGGAAUACGCGAACCAAGUAGUCUAUUCAGGACGCAUGAAAGACGUCACCCUCAUUGAGCGUGUCCAGCAAGACGCUACAAGAAUGGUUGUCGGCCUCAAAUCCGUGGACUACGAAACGCGUCUCGCGAUGCUUGAUCUCCCUCCCCUGGAGUAUCGUCGCCUCCGAGAGGACCUAGUUCUUACUUAUGCCCUGUUUGAACAAAGCGCCGCCUACAGCUAUUCUCUCGCGGAUUUCACCGAAGUUGAUGUACUCCAGCCUGCGUAUGCUAUACUUCAGGAACCUAUGACUCCUGUGGAAUCAGCAGACGAGUUUGAUGAGGAAAGCGAAUACGAGGUGGAAGAACUAUUAGAUGUGCGUUACCGCAACGGAGAACCGGAAUAUCUUAUCAAGUGGAAGGGCCAUCCCUCAGAAAUGAAUUCUUGGGAGCCGGAGUACAACCUCAACUGCCCUCAGUUGCUGAGUAAGUUCAACUCCAAGCAAAACCGCCAAAAAACCACAAUCGUGGACAUUCCUGAAACAAACGAACCGUAUGGUUUCGAUCGGGGUCUCGCUCCGGACUGUAUCAGUAUGGUCACGCAGAAAGACGGGGAGCUUUAUUUCCUCAUAAAAUGCGCUGACGAAAACCUUGUCGAUUUAGAUUAUGCAGACGAUACCGUUCUCGCCUUCGGAGAGGAAGAGAUGUUGCGGAUGUUUUUGAAUGAAGUGGCCCAAGUCAUCCCGUCCGUUGGUACGCACUUUGCACCCACAAGGUGUAAGGUCAUGUUCGUGGACAUUCAGUCACUGAACACACCACCUGCAAUCCAAGAAGAGGCUCCCGAAGUUGCAGUACCUUGGAAGCAGUAUUAA